AUGGAUGCUUUGUCUUGUGGACGUGAUUCAGGCAGUCGCAGUAUGAGUGUAAGAGAGUUGAUAAGACGAGCGUCUGCCGCUAACCGUGAAGCUAGAGAACAGGCCGGAGACGAUAGUGGUUUGAUACCAGCAGCCUCUUGGUCACCUGACCCUCCUUCUUACGAUUCCAUCAGACCAGGAGAUACUGAACGACCAAGUCUACUGAGACCAUCAUCCAGUCCUGCGUUGAGUUGUUUAAAUCUACAACCAGAGUUAUCUAACUUGUGUUUGCCGCCAGUUAAGUUGGAUGAAAAGGAACGAAGGAAGAACGCUGUUGAAAUAUUAAGAGUUUUAUGUGAAAGUUCUGUUCUACAACCACAUCUUGAAGAACUCCUUACUGCCAAGUACGUACCUUUUGACCAGUUAUACUUAAAUUAA